UCCUCAUACCUUGCAACAAUUAACAUACUCAUACUGCGUAUAACAUACAUGUAAGUAAUGUAACAUGGCUUCUUCCUGCCCUCAUCUCAAGAAGCUUUGCUUUAUCCUCUCAUCUCCUCACUAUCCACCUUCAUCGCCAUCCAUAAGAAGAAGAAAAUAACCACCAAAAUCCCAAACUCCCCCCUCCCAAUCCGUCUUUUGCUUUGCGGAGAAAAGCAUCGUCCCUUCCAGAACGCCCCGUCCGUCUUACAAUUUCGUCAUCUUGGUUACUUUACUAUACCGUCACUUAAAACAUGGCGAUAAUGUGGCCUUCGAAUCAGCGGGAAUUUUCCCGCUGAUUUCCUGGUAAUCCGUCCACAAUUCGUGAUCUAUCGGAUCAAGACAGACAUGCAAGUGGAAGUCUCUGGUCUGCAAAUCAUCUCCAAGCAUUCCGUGUCUUGGCUCAAGAUCAAAAGGAUGUUCCGAUUCCCAAAAAGUACAAAGAAAUGGCUGCGAAAGUUGUAAACAGUAACAUACCUAUGCUCGAUUCCCUCAAAUCAAUCACCUAUGAGCAGUUGCAAACCUUGGCUCACAGAGAACUGCGGUCUGAAGGCGUUUUCGGUUCGUUCUUCGUCGCUCUCGCCGACGUUACUCGAGAUGGUCAUGUACCAGAUGGGAGUCCCCGCCUUCCCCGCCUUCGGAGAAAUAUCAAGGUCCCGGAAAGGCCUGAUUUCAGAUCUGGCGAAGGGGAAGGGUUUUCUUCGUCUCCGUCAAGACCCUCAUCUUCUCCAACGAACCGUGCACCUAUUCCAACACCCAUUCCAACAACUCCUACACCUAUUUCGAAAACCCUUACAUCUCUUCCUCCCAACUCGUCACCCUUUACAGUCUCUUCCGAAUACGUACCAGACCAGCAGGACGGAGAACUCGAGCUGGAAGACCAGCUUGAUAGAAAACACCCUGAAGUCGUAUCUGCCAAUAUGGCUGCACAGUUUAUUUCCACAGUUCUCGAUGUUUACUCGAGUGGGUCAAAUAAAAAUCAUAGAAGCGAGUUUUGCAUUGGUCCAACUACGUUACAUUUGGUCUCACAUGUAUUAAAUUGUACCUGUCAAGAUGAUGGGGCUGCUUGGCGCCGAAAGUACGACCCCGACACCAGAGCAUGGAUAAACAAGAGUGAGCUUCUAUUUAGCCUAGAAGUAAAAUCGUCCUAUUCUCAAUCUGAUAGUUCUGGAAUGGGAAUACCAUCCAAUCGGACUCUCGCGCAACAAUUCUGCGAGCUGCUUGGGUCUGUGAUGUCAAAGGUAGAAAGAAAAGACUAGGAAGCACUUAGCGACGACCAACGGCGGUAGGGUUUCCCCAAUCAAAGCUUGAAGAAAUAGGUUCACUGACUUCGUUUCCUUAGCCGUUUUCUUGUUUCGGUACAUCAAACUGAUAUGAUGAUCAUUGCUUGUGACUUUUCGUUGGAGUAUCUUGAGUAUAUUUACUCGCAAGAGGAACCAGCUGAUUUACCAUAUGUAGUAUUAAAGCAAUCGCGUAUAUAUGACCUCGGUAGCCCCAUGGAUAGGAUAGAGGCUGCGAAAGCUAUUAUUGCUCUUGACGAAUAUCUCAAGGACAUCCUUUAGAGGUCCUUGCAGGUUCUGAAAGACGACGAAGGUCUUGAUAGUUAGGAAGGCUUCUUUAUCAUGGAGCUUGUGUUUGGUGCCAUUCAUUCAUUUAUCUCAUAUGUAUCUUAUUCAAUUGAAUCGAUUCUCUACUUGAAAUAACAAUUCCUAUGGUCUUUCUCAUCUU